UUUUCAACCUUUUGAAACUUUGAAUUCUUCAACAAAAUGUAAGGACAGAACAGAAAAAAGUAAGAGGAGUAGAUCAAAGAUGCCAAUUUGGAAUGAUUAUAGUAAAGAUGAAGAUGAUGGGCAUAGGCAUUUUGAAGCAAAUUGUUAUUAUUGCGAUAAGAGAAAAUGGCAGCAUAGCAAACCUUCUAUUAUGGAAGCUUAUUUAGCACUUUAUUGCAAAGGACUAGUUCCAGAUAAUAUUAGAAACAAAUAG